CACCAGGAGAUCGACAGACAUCUUGAAGGCACAGUUACUGCUGAUUCAGGAAGUUUAGUAACCGGUUAAGGAUAACCCUUGGGGCUAUCAGUAGGGUCACUAGAAGCCAGAAUAUUCCCUGAGCAGCAUUGGAACCAAAUUUGUUUGAGAUGCCAGCCAAAACUUGAGCGACAAUUUAGUGCCAGAGCAAGAACAGAAGAAUGCCAUUUUGACCCCAGGCAAUGAUGGCAGCAGAGACAAAUCUUAACUAUUCAGGCAAGCCGAGGAGAGCCAUGUCAGGAGUUUUUGGGUGUGCCUUCUGCCUGUCUGAACCAGUGUCCUGCACCAUGUUCACACUGGUGGAAAUGGUUGACACUGUCCGCAUCCCACCCUGGCAAUUCCAGAGCAGACUGAAUGAUGCUAUUGUGGAGGAAUUAAACAAGAAGUUGGCAAAUAAGGUUGUGUUUAAUGUUGGCCUAUGCAUCUGUUUGUAUGAUAUCACCAAACUGGAGGAUUCGUUUAUCUUUCCUGGUGAUGGUGCUUCACAUACCAAAGUUCACUUCAGAUAUGUCGUGUUUCGACCCUUCCUGGAUGAGAUCAUUGUGGGGAAGAUCAAAUGCUGCAGUCAAGAGGGAGUACACGUGAGCCUUGGCUUCUUUGAUGACAUUGUGAUCCCUCCUGAGUCGUUGCAGCAGCCAGCAAAGUUUGAUGAAGCAGAACAGGUGUGGCUGUGGGAGUAUGAAACUGACGAGGGGGCUCAUGACCUUUACAUGGACCAUGGUGAGGAGAUCCGUUUCCGCAUUGUGGAUGAGGUUUUCAUUGAUACUUCUCCUACGGGCCCAAGCACUGCAACUAAUUCAACGACUGUAAAAAGUACUGGGACUGACACAAAAGAAGAGCAACCACAGAAGGAAGCCCCAUACACUCUUAUAGGCUCCAUCAGUGAACCAGGCUUGGGUCUCCUGUCAUGGUGGACAAGCAACUAACUUGAAAGAUCUCUGUGUGUUUCAUAUUAUGAUUUGAACAGUUGAGGGCCAACGGAGACCAUGUAGCUCUGUGGUUUUGUUAAGCAGCUCUCAUGUGUGGGGGGAAAAAAGACAACUAUAUUUUUUUCCACUUCAAAUAAUUGCAAAAUGUUUCCUACCCUCCUUGAAGGUGAGUUGUCUGCUUAGCCUAGUGCAUUUAGAGCAAGAAACCUGGAAAUUUGCCCUUCUAACCAAAAGCGUCAUAUAAUAAGAUAUUUUUGUUUGGAGAAACUACUAGAAUAAUGAUUCUUGGUUAUCUUGAAACAAGAUCCUCAAACAAGCCUUACGUCAAAUGCUUGUGGUCAAUUAUUCAAAAUGGCAUUGGCCACAAAGGUUCUCUGUCCACUUUUCAAAAGUCGGGGAUAUUGUUAACUUGUGUCAAAAUUUAACUUGUAAAAAAUCAUAACUUGCCUGUGGUUUAAAGAAUAAAGAUUGCUGGUUUUCCGUGUUUCUUGUCAUACGUUUUAGCCUGACAAAAGAUUUUUUUAUAGAUGUUUUGUUCUAUGCAAUGCAUCAUCUUGUUUUGGAGAGGAAAUGCUGCUUCUUGAGGACAAAAAUCCAUAAUUCAUAACGCAUUGUUUUUAUCUUCAGGGAACGUGGAAAUCUUAAAAGAUCUUUGCAGGAUUAAACUGGCAUGUGAGAAUAAGAAACCUGUACAAUUUGAACUGGUUUGAGUAUUGGCAGCUCAAAAUACAAAUGUAAGCCCCUUUGUAUUUACUUAUAUUAGUUUUAUUUGAUAAGGACAUGUAACUAUUUCAGUUUCUGUCUUAAAUUUUUGCCUCCCUAUUAUAUCUUUAAUGAUUAAAUUUGAUUGGAGUAACAGUAACUUCAUAAAUAUGCCACAGUCUAGUCCUGAAGCUUUAUGGAAAUCCCAGUUUUCCUCCUUGUUGUACCCCGAAGCUGCUGAACUGCUCUUGACUCUUGCAAUGCAAAAUUAUUUGCAAGAAUUGUGUCUUUCGACCUGGUAUCCAGUCAGAUGUAUGUAGGGGUCAGGAGGACAUUCCUCCAUGUCUGCAAAUGAUUUCUGUUUGUAGGAUAGGAUGUCAGGGGCAGGAGUGUAUCCAGUUUAGUGAGUGUUUUAUUGAUCCUUAAAGCAAAAUUCCUUGUCUCAACAGGAACAAAAAAAAUGUGAAUUACUACUUCUGCAAAGAGUAAGAAUUAUACACAAUUAUAAUUAAUAGACAAAAUAACAUAAAUAAAUACUGCCCCUAUAACUGAGUUUGUUAUAACUAGCCGAGGUGAAGAGAGAACAGUCUAUAGGCAGAAGAGUCCCAGUAGCUCCUGUUAGCACACUGUGCCGGUUUCUGAAGGUACUGUAGGACAACACGUCAUAGAGAGGAUGGGAAACAUUGAUUUUCCUGUGCAAGUGUAACAGUACCCUGGCCAUAAGGGCCUGGUAGGACAUUCUCAGCUGCUUGCCACACACAUUAAAGGACCUGAGCCUCCUUAUAAAGAAGAGCCUGCCCUGGUAGUUUUUGCAUAGCAGGUCUGUGCUGUUCACCACAUCCAGUAAUAUGUAUUUAUAAAUCACCUUCUCUCCCCCAUUAUAGUGACUGAUAAGAAGGGUUCCUUGGAAUUGUAGGACUCCACCACCAACUCAUUUUUUAUGUCUUUAACUCCAUGUGGUUUCUUCUCCCCAGAACAUAAGGUACUGUUGUUUUGAUUAAAGGAUACAUUUUCUGUUCACUUGUCUGCUUCCAGUGGCUAUCGUGUGUGGAUUUUUGACAUUUAAUCUCCUGAUUUCCAUAGCUUCAAGCUUCAUAUCAUCUUACUUUUAGUCUCUGCAGUUAUGUUUCUUCAGUUGUUAUAUUUUGCCAUGGCUUGGAACAAAUGAUGCUGUGCUAGAGACACUGCAGCGUGUCUGAUAUAGCAGCAGAUCGGUUAGUGUGCCCUGAUACCCACUGGUUUGAGUAUGCGCCCGCUGUGAUUACCAAUGUCAUCAUGAGCCAGUGGCAUGUGAUCUCAAAUCAGAGCCUUUUUUUACUUAUUUAUUUAUUUAUUUAUUUAUUAGGCAAUGCAGCCAUACAUGCUCAAUAACAUACAGGCACAGUGGUUUAACGACAGAUGCACACUUAUUUCAUAUGAUGAUUUUUUUCUAAAUGUUGUCAGUUUUUUUAACUAUUACAGUCUGUGUUGUUAUUUUCCAUUCAUGUUGAGUGGCUGCGUGGUGUGGGAUGAUGAAGUGUGCACAUAAAGUGUACACGUGUAAAGCUUCAAUGUACUUGCACACAUAACAAUAAAUCGGAAGUGAGCUGAUUGCUCUGCAUUGCAUUUUUUUAAAGGCCUUAGUAUUAGCGUGCAGGUAGGUGGCUUUAUAUCUUUCAGAAAUCUAAGUUCAUGGUACCAAUUAGCAUAUUCUGUGACAUGUCAGGUACACACACGAUAAGAAAAAAUGAAAAGGAGACUGUGAUAGAACCAAACCAUGAUGAAACAGAUUGAAAUGCCACAAACAAGUUAUCAAAUUUUAUAAUGCAUGCUGAGUGAUCAUAAGUGUAACAUUUAUUUUUUCAGUUGUUAUUGCCUAGUAUACAGAACAGAGACAGCAGUUCACAUCUGGGAAUCAACAUUCAAUAAUGUCGAUUGUAAUAGCACUUGGAAAUGACUUUUCAAAGUUAAUAGUGAAACGUCGCUGCAGAAGAAGACAGUCAAUAAAGUGAAGCACACAUGUUGUCUCCUUUUAAAAUGGCCGAAUCUCACAAAAUGAUUUGGUUUUUGCUUUUUUUUUACUUUCUGAAAUGACAUGGAUAGUCAAGUGGUCUUAUUCCUUAUUAGUAAAGAGACAAUUCUGGUAUGCUAUUAUGCAAUCUGUGUGUAAUCUAAAGACGCUGAUCAAUUGUCAAUAACACUCUUGGUUUAAAUAUUUUAAAUAUUCAUGUUUGUUUUCACAUUGGACCCCUCUCCCAUCACCUCUAUUUCAAAACACUAGAACAGGGUAGAUAUUUUUAAAAAUUUAUAAAUAUUCUUCACUUAAGAACACAGCUUUUAUGUGGCAAAUUAACAUACACCCAUACCAUGACUGUGAAGAAAUAACUUUGAACUGAAAAGUACCAAAUUUAUCAUUUAAUACAAACGGCAAACGUCUUGCAAACAAAAGGUGACCACUCACCUGAUUUAAAGUACAGUCAAAAAGUCAAAGAUAUUUCUUCACAAAUAUGAUAUACUGUACCACACGAAAUUGUGUUUCAAAGUCCAGUGUUUUCUAUAGAGUUUAAAAAAUAUCUUGCCCACGCUGGUGCUUUACAGUGGCAAUGGGGAAUGAAGGCACUACCGUAAAAUAAAAGCCUAAAAUUUACUGAAUACGGGUUUCAAUAAAAGAACACCUGCCUACCGAGUAUCCCGCAUAAGUUUGUGAUAACAACAAAUGGACGUGGAAAUAAUCAUUUUAUCAAAUUUGCUGGUACUGUUUUUCUCGAGGUAAGGAUAUGUUUUCUAGUCACUCGUGUGAGUUCUCACAUAAAUAUGAAAGUAAAAGAAAAGCAUCCAGAUGGCACAGAAAGUUUACUGUGAUUUUGUCUUUUGAGAGGAAGUCGUAUCCCGGGGGGUGAAAGGUUAUUGCAGAAGACUACAAGUGCUGAGGUAGAGCAUAUGGAUGGUUUUCUUUUAAAAUGGCCAAAUCUCUUAAUAUUGUCUUUGUUUUAACAAAAAUGAUAUGUAUAAGCUAUUUUAAAAUUAGGAUAUAGUGGGGUUGGAUAAUGGAUGGAUGUGUAAUCGCAAGAUGUGGAUUAAUACUCAACAAAUGUCUUGAAAAAUUGGGUAAGUUUUAAGGCUUUUGUUUUCUGGCUGUUAAUUCUAAUGUGAAAUGCCAAUGCAAAAAGAUAAAUUCCUUUUUAAAUGUAAGGAAAGUAAAUGACUUUAGAUAAUACUUUCCCAAAUGCACAUUUACAGUACCAUGUUUAUAAAGAAAUAACUUUGACUUGAUAAAUACUGAACUUAUCCAUCCCAUUUUUGAGGAAAGCUAAAACUCAGAAAGUUCGCAGAUAUAGCGAAUGAUUAUUUAGGAAAAACGUGAACAUCAUGUCAAGGCUUAAAGCAUUUAACUUUUGAGAUAAAUGAAUAGUCUGUUAAUUAUAGGUGGAAUUACUGAUACUCCUUGGAUUUGUCCAAAAAGUUGUAUAAAGACUGUUGAACCCCAGGCCACAAUACAGUUUUAUGAUGAACUCGGUUUUAUGUCAUUUAAAUAAAAUGUUAGAUUAUCAUUAGAAAACGUUAGAUGUGAAUAGGCCAUUUGGCCCAAAAAAGCUCAUGUGAUAAAAGGUCUGCGGUGUGAUGCGGUGCAGGUUUUUAGAUAAGUAAUCGUAUCCUAAGAGUAUGCUGGCUCAGGACAGAGUGGAUUUGCGCAUGAUGGAGCCACUUCAGGGUUGAUUGCGGUGCUUGGCUGAUCGCAAACGGAUCAGUCAGGUGUCGUCUCAUUCACACCUCACAGAGUGGGUGGAUUGUGCCAUCUGCACCCGAUUAGGCCGUUUAAAGGAGCCUGCGCUGCAGAAGGAAAAGGAAGAAAGAUGAAAAGGAAGGAUCAGAGGUUAAAGUGAAAGAACGAGAUGCAGAAUUGGGAGAACUCCUGCUACAGAGGAAUGGAGGCAAGUGGUCAGGACUGAGUCUCGGCGAGAGGAGCCUGGUGCUGAAGAAAGCGGUACUGUGGAGUUGGAGUGGCCUGUUAUGCGGUGUCUCCCACAGUUGCCAAAGGACUGGUGAUGAAAGAUGUGUUGUGUGGCUCAGCAUGGCACCCUAUCCAUCCUGAAGGGCCGGUAACGGGGACCCGAGUCAAGAUAUUUAGGGUUGACCGCAUCUCUCGUAAGGAUGUCUCCUCUGGUUGCAGGAUCCUGUGUGGGGUAAGCAGAGGAGACGUCGUGUUGAAGAAGGAGUUGGUGCUUUUAAAGAAGAGUCUCCUUGCCUGUGAUUUUUAACCUCAAUUUUAUGGCUUGCUUAUUGGACUCUUUAACGUCUACUUCAGCACUUGUUUUGUGGAUUAUUUAUUUUAUUGGUUUGAUUCACUGCAUUGUUUUCGCUUUGUUCUGGAUUAAUUUGAAUAAAAGCACUAAGACUUGUUGCACCAA